AUGAGUGAUUAUACAUCCUCUUUGGGCUUCAUUUAAUUUUGGGGACAUUCUUCAUAAUUGAAUCUUGUCACAUCUUAAAUGACUGGUCAAAUCAACAUAUUACUUAGUGGAGUUAGUGAUCUUAGACAUAUACUUGAAACUUGUUUAUGUAAUCAUAAUCGAAAUGAUUUAUAAGUAUGGUGUAAUUAUACUAAUUAUGUAGCUUAAUUUCUAUAUUCAUGAGAAAUAUAAGGAAACACUAUGUAGAUCAUUAUUAUUAUUAUUGAUCAUGCAUACUAAGAAUUUUACUUAUAGAGAAAGAUCUGAUAUGUUUUUAGAAGUCUUCGGAAAUACUUUCUUAAGAGAAUCUACUACUAAUUAUAUUGAUAAAGUGAUUCCAUUUUUAGAUGAUUUAAUUGCAAAAGAAACUAAAUUUACAUCUGCACUUAAUUAAAUUGUUGAUCUUAAAGAAUUGAAAUUCAAGGAUAGAGAUGAAAUGACUGAAGUUAUUAGAUCUUGGUAUUCUUAUAAUGAAUUUAAAAUUGAAAAAUUAAGAGACUAAAGAUUAAGACAUCAUUAUGGUACCAGAUUUGAUCAUCGUCUAAAUAUGAUUGAUUGGGAUUAUUAAAUGAAUCUUAAAGAUUUUGCACCAAUCAUUCAUUUCAUUCAUUAUAGAGAAUGGAGAUAAUCUGGAAUUGCUUUUGAAUCCAGAUAUGCAAGUUAUCCUACACCUAAUAGAACAUUAGCCAGUUAUUUACCUGGCAAACAUAAAUAAACUAAAGAUAAUUUAUUAGUUAGAGGAUAUUGGGGAGACAUCAUUGUAUCACCUUAUAUCUCCUUUGGAAUCUAUACUAGUGUUUUACCUGAAAAUGAAUAACUAUUCAAAGUUAGAAAUACUUAAUAAGUAUCACAUGCUGUGACUGUUUCAGAAUUCAAUAUUUAACAUAUCAUCUAAAAAUUUGAUAAUGGUACUGACUAUCAUAUUCAUGUUGAUGAAUAUUUAGAAAGAUAAGAUAAUAAAUCAAAAUCAAAAAAUUAACAAUAACAAUAAGAUGGUUUAGAAAAAAUUGAUGAAAAAGAUGAAGAAAAUGAAGAAUAAUAAUAAUAAUAAUAAUAAUAAUAAUAAUAAUAAUAAUAAUAAUAAUAAUAAUAAGAAAAAGAAAAAUAAUUAUAAUAAUAAGAAAAAGAUGAAUAAUAAUUACAAGAUAAAUUAGAAGAAAAUAAUAUCUCUGAAGCUAAUACUACAGAUACAUCAAUUAAAUAAGUUAUUACCAAAGAUAAUAUGAUAGUGGAAAUACAAUAAGAUCCUUUAUAAAGUAUUUAUUACCUUUAAUUUUAGCAUUUUCAAAAUUAAAAGUAAAAAUUAUACCAAUCUUUGAAGAAUUUGAUAAAUUAUUUGGUAAAAAAAAAUAUCAAAAUUUUUUUGAUGUUGGAGUAUUAGGUUUUAUGGAAUCAAUAAAGGUAAAGGAUCCUAAAUUGAAAGAAUUGUUUAAGAAAUAAUGUAUAAAAAUUAUUUUUUAUGUUAAUAGCAACAUUGUUCGUUGAAUCAACAUAAUUUAUUGUUCCAUUUACAAAAGAGGAAAGAAUUAAAGGAAAUGAAAAUGUGUAAAAAAUUAGUGUUAGUGAAGGAGGAUGGAGUUUGUAAAAUGUAAAUAUGGAAUAUAUUACUUUAAUUUAUAAAUGAAGAAUUAAUAUAUAUUGUUUUUAGCAUUAUCGAUUGCUCUUACCUAAACAGACACUUAAAAAAGUAACAGUGAUAAUUCUGGAGGAAAUCCUGAAUAAGAAGAAGAAGGUUUUUGAAUAAUAAGAUAAUAAAAAUAGGACCUAGUAAAAGCUUAGUAUAUGGAGUUGUAGUGAUAUUGUUGUGUGGUUUAGGCUAUUUUAUAUAUAAUUUUUAUGUUUGUCAUAAAAAAAAGAUUGAUUAUGGUUUGGAUGGAGAUGAAGAACAACAUCAUUAUGAGAUUGAGAUUUAAAAGAGAAAGGAUAAUUUAUGAUUAUAUUACAUAAUC